CGCCCUCAGAGGGCCGACGUCUUCCUGCUCCCAUCUCGCCGUCGCGUCUUCCGGCGACCCUCUCCAGCGACGGCCCCGGCCAUCGAUCGCCGCCCCAUCGUUCCCAGCUGCGACCAGAUCGACGGCCACCCCGUCCGCCUAGCUCCACCUCUCGGCCAUCGGCAGAUCUACGCGGGCGACGACCCUCGUCCUCCGCCAUCCCUAGCCAUGGUUUAUCACUCUAGUUUCGUUGACGAUGACGAGACCACUAAAGCCUGUGGGUGUCCUUUGCUUCCACUGAAAACUCAUAUAAGGGGUCCAGCACCAGCCGCAGAUUCAGAUAAAGCCGAUAUAGUUGAUGAAGCAAUAACUUUCUUCCGAGCAAAUGUUUUCUUCAAAAACUUUCAUGUCAAAAGCCCAGCAGACAAAUUGCUCAUCUAUCUGACAUCUUACAUCAAUAUUGCCUUGAAAAGAUUAGAAGGCUGCCGAACACUAGCUGUCGGGACCAAGGCAAUCAUUAACUUGGGCUUGGAAAAGGUCCCUGUGCCUGGGGAACCAACAUUUCCUUUCCCUGGGCUUUUCACUCUUCCCCAAUCUCAGGAGGAAGCAGAAUUGUUGAGGAAUUAUCUGAAGCAGAUAAGGGAGGAAACAAGUGGGAGGCUACUCAACUGCGCAUACAGAACUAAUGGUACUCCAAACAAAUGGUGGUUGGCUUUUGCAAAGAGGAAGUUCAUGAACAUUGUCAUCCUUUAGAGUGUAGGCAUUUCAGCAGCAGGUUAGAGCUGUCUGUAUAAAUCCUGAUUGCACUUGCAUAUUUACUUCUAUGAUGCUGUAAAGUUUCUCCAAAGGCCAUAGUCAUUUUACAUCUCGAGGGAGGAGCCAAUGAUUCUUUUAUGAAGGAUAUAAUGCCCAAAACUCAAUUCUCGUUUUGUAUGAGUGGGUGCAUGUUCUGCAUCUAUUGUGGUCUUUUCUGAAAACUUAAUUUGGUUCCUGUGGGUCAGCCCUGAGGACUGUAUUACCACUAACACAAGAUGGAAUAUGAUAAUUUUGUUAAUUAUUUA